AUGACAAUCGAAAGCGGCCUUGACGGGUGGCUCCGGUACGCUCCGCUCUCCGCGGCAUUGAGCAAUACCCAGCGGCGUUAUUCGAGCAUUAUUGUUUUAAACACGGAUGAGUCGAGCCCAGUUUACACGGCUGGAAAGGAGCUACAAGAUGGGCUGAAAAAGAUGCUGCGCCAGCAGAUUGAUAUUCACUCUGAAUUGACACCUGGACUCGCGUCGUCGAUCGUCGUGGGAACCCUUGACUCAUUCUCUUCAGCUGGUGGCAAUACAAGUGGCAUCCCAGUACUCAAGGAAGAUGGUUUCUGGCUAAAUUCUCACGCCGACAACGACUGCGUCUAUAUCGUCGGCCAAAAUGAGUGCGGUGCUAUAUACGGUGCCUUCGAAUAUCUCAUGCGUCUAGCACAAGGAAACUUUGCUUCCAUUGCGUCUGCAAGCAACCCAAGUGCACCUAUCCGCUGGGUCAAUCAGUGGGACAACCUGGACGGAACUAUCGAGCGAGGUUAUGCAGGCCCAUCUAUCUUCUUCCGAGCUGGUGAGGUUGUGAAGGAUAUGACUCGCAUAGCUCAAUUUGCUCGGCUUCUCGCGUCCAUCCGCGUCAACGCUGUCGUCGUCAACAACGUCAAUGCAAACCCCAAGCUUUUCAGCGAGUCGAAUCUCGAUGGUCUACGCCGAAUUGCAGAUGCCAUGCGUCCAUGGGGAGUGCGAAUCGGUAUUUCACUAUACUUUGACUCGCCCAAAGAGUUUGGUGGACUACCUACCUCGGACCCUCUAGACCCCGCUGUCAAUGACUGGUGGCAGGAUAUCACAGCAAAGGUAUACCAGAAGGUUCCAGAUCUUGUCGGAUACACCAUUAAGGCCAACUCGGAAGGUCAACCAGGACCCCUGACGUACAACCGUACCUUGGCCGAUGGUGCCAACAUGUUUGCUCGAGCUUUGAAACCCCACGGCGAUGGCAUCGUCAUGUAUCGUGCCUUUGUGUACAACCAUCACCUCGAUGAGUCUGUAUGGAUACAUGAUCGUGCGAAUGCAGCGGUCGAUUACUUCAAAGAGCUAGAUGGGGAAUUUGAUGAUAAUGUCAUUGUCCAGAUCAAAUGGGGCCCUAUUGACUUCCAAGUCCGCGAGCCGCCUUCUCCUUUGUUGGCCAAUCUUCGCAAGACCAAAGCCGCCAUCGAGUUUCAGGUCGCCCAGGAGUAUCUCGGCCAACAGUCUCAUUUUGUUUACAUGGCUCCUCUAUGGAGAGAGAUCCUUGAUUUCGACAUGAGAAUAGAUGGUAGUCCCUCUCGCAUCCGCGACAUUGUUUCGGGUGAACGACUUGGGUGGAGCCGCAGUGGCUAUACUACCGUCCUCAACAUCGGAAGUGAUACAACUUGGAUCGGGCAUCAUCUCUCUAUGUCCAACCUGUAUGCCUACGGCCGUAUUGCCUGGGACCCACUCGCAGACCCAGUCCUAAUCAUUCAAGAUUGGACGCGUCUCACCUUUGGCCUCGACGAGAACGUUGUUGACACCAUCACUAAGAUAUCAAUGCAGUCAUGGCCUACCUAUGAGAACUAUAGCGGGAACCUGGGUAUCCAGACGCUCUGUGACAUUAUAUACACCCACUACGGUCCAAGCCCGGGCUCCCAAGAUGGCAACGGGUGGGGUCAAUGGACACGCGCCAACGCACAUUCAAUCGGGAUGGAUCGUACGGUCGCCACUGGAUCUGGGAACUCAGGCCAAUACCCACCCGAGGUCGCCGCAAGAUUUGAGGACAUCGAAACGACUCCCGAUAAUCUUCUUCUCUGGUUCCACCACGUGCCCUAUACUCACCGUUUGAAGUCCGGUAAGACGGUCAUCCAACAUUUCUAUGACGCACACUAUGAAGGUGCCGCGCAUGCCCAAACCUUCCCAUCGGAGUGGGCAAAAUUGAAGGGUCUGAUUGAUGAUCACCGUUUUGAGCAUGUUGCGUUUAAAUUGCAGUAUCAGGCCGGUCAUGCUCUUGUGUGGAGGGACAGCGUUAACUACUUCUACUUUACCAAAUGUGGUAUCCCGGAUGAGAAAAACCGCGUUGGAAACCACCCAUGGCGUAUCGAGGCCGAAGAUAUGCAGCUAUCUGGGUACAAGGUCGCCUCUGUGACACCGGCUGAGGCAGCAUCUGGAGGAAAAGCCAUUAUCACCGAAUCUAACAAGGCGUCCGGUACUGCCCAGAAGGAACUCACCUUCCCGACUGGGACCUAUGAUAUCGCGGUCAACUACUUUGACCAUCUAGGUGGACGGGCCAAGUACGGGAUUUUCCUAGGCGAGAAGUUGAUUGGAGAGUGGGCUGGUAAUCUGGAAGAUAGGCUUGGACAUGAUUUCUCGGAGUAUUUGGAUGGUCACUCGGCCACCAGGGUUACAUUUCAUGGAGUUCAGGUGGAAACGGGCGAUCUGCUGAAAAUUGUUGGUCAACCUGACGGCAGUGAGCUUGCGCCUCUGGAUUAUGUCUCCAUUUUGCCUGAGGGUAUUAUUGACUGA